GUGAGGGAGGUAAAGUGGGUGUGUGAGCGUCAGUGAGGGCUGAGUCCCGGGGAAGAUGGCGGCCUCUGUGUUGACUCCCGUCAAGACUGAGGACCACAUCCUCCAUAACUCCAUGCUCGAGGACGACCCCAACGACAACUCCGCCACCAAUGAGGAGGAGAAGACCAAGCCUCGCUGGGGGCCCUACCACAAGGGCGCCAAGGAGCUGGCGGGACUCUACAGCAGAGGGAAGCGAAUGCAGGAAAUAGUCUGUGUAUGCAUAUGCAUAACAUUGAUGGUAGUGAACUUGUACUUCAUGGCAGUUCACUUCAAGUUUGAGAAGGUGGCCACAAUUUGCCUGGUGGCGUUAGCGGGAAUCUUCACGGCAGACUUUGCCUCUGGAUUCGUCCACUGGGGAGCAGACACAUGGGGGUCUGUGGAGCUCCCUCUCUUGGGCAAGAACUUUAUUCGUCCUUUCCGAGAGCAUCACAUUGACCCAACUUCCAUCACUCGGCAUGACUUCAUAGAAACCAAUGGAGAUAACUUCAUGCUCACCAUUCCAGGCCUGAUGUACAUGACUUGGAAUUUCUGUUCCAAGACCAAUGAACAGAUUCAGGCCAAUUACUAUUGGUUUUCCUACUUGUACCUCCUGGCUAUUUUUGUCUCAUUAACUAAUCAGAUCCACAAGUGGUCUCAUACAUACUUUGGUCUCCCACGCUGGGUCACUAUAUUGCAGGACCUGCAUAUCAUCCUGCCCAAGCGUCACCACCGCAUCCACCACGUGGCACCCCACGAGACGUAUUUUUGCAUAACAACUGGCUGGCUGAAUUACCCCCUUGAGAAACUCAGGUUUUGGACCUCUCUAGAGUGGUUGAUUCAAAUGGUGUUGGGCUACAAACCCCGUGCUGAUGAUUUUAAGUGGGCUCAGAAGAGGGACUGAGACCACAGGAGCAGUGUCGUGCAAGCGAUGCAGUAUUCCUUAGAAUCAAAAAUGAGAAGUAGGAUAUGAUAAACAAAGACCAAGUAUAUUAUAGAAGUAUUGUAUUUUAUGUACGCGUGGGAUGUUUCACAAUGGAUACACGGAAGUACUAUCAAAUCCAUUUUUGACACGACUGGAAGUCGAUUCUCGAGAUGGUGACGAGGUUUUGAAACAUUGGGUAUUUUACUAUCAUAGGAACAGACCAAAUGUAGAAUGUAAGGAAGUGAAAUUGUAUACUCUCAGGUUUGGAAUAAACAUAUGUAUUAACUUAUUUCUGUUAGAAAGCUAGAUACUUGGUUAUUACACAUGACAAACCUCAAAACUUUAUAUCUUAUGUAAUCCUCUGAAUCCAGUAUAGGAUUUUUAUGCGUAAAGUCAUUUUUUUUGUAUCUGCCAUGAAUUUAAUACAGUAUAAGUAACAAGAAUAAAUUGGGUCACAUAGUUUUUUUUUCAGAUGAGAGAAAUUUUGAUUUUGGUGUGAUCUCUAUUAAGGAGAGCAAGAAGUAUUCAUUUUAUGUUGUCAAAAGACUCAAUGAAUAUAAAGAAUUGUGUAUAUAAAAUAAUAUACAGUGUGGGAUAUAAUUUUUUUUUUAUUAUAGGAGAUUUAUAUACCUUAUUUUAAGAGAAAUGGGGAAAUAAUAUUUUACCUUCCAUGUUAGUUGGGGGGAGAGGGGGUACAUUUUUGCAUUGUUUUUAUAAUUUCCUUUAGAAAAUAUUGCACUAAUACCUGUAUUAAACUAUCAACAAAUAGGAUAGAUAUUAAAAAAAAAAAAAACUAAAAUUUUAAGAUUUCUCUUUUAAGCAGAGAUGGUGAGUUUUGAAGAACAAUUACAAUACUGUAUUUUCUUUGCUGUUUAAAGCAUGAAAGUAGAGGUAUGAGUCUUUGCUGGUUGCAUAAUACAGUCUCAAAAUUCCUUAUUUCCUUACUAUUACCUUUCAGAAUUUCCAUGGUGUAACCAUUCAUGCCCAGUUUUGAACUUGAUUUAUCAGUUUAUUGACUUACUUUGGGGCUGUGCUCAUUUGUGUCUUUUAUCCUCUCGGGUGUGUGUGUGCGCGCGUCUUAAUGGCUACCACACUGUAUCUGUUCUAGACUAAAGUUCUCGUGGGAAGAUUAAUAACAGUCUCGGUAUGUGGUAAAGACUGUUGCUACAGGCACCCGCUCCAAGCCAUCGGCUGGUGGCCUACUGUGAUGCAUUCCUCGAGUGACCUCAUCUGUAAGGUAUGUAGUAAGAAAUGUAAACCAGACGAGAGUCUCAGAAUAGCACUGUUGACGUUUGAGUUUGUUCCAUUCCUGAGAGGAUACAUGUGGAGUUCUGUAGUACAGUGGUGUACGGCCUCAACUCGCAAUCAAGGAUCUCGGGUGUGAUCUCCGGGAUGGGUACGUUUCCUUUCACUUGAUGCCUCUGUUCACCUAGCAGUAAAUAGGUACCCAGGAGUUAGGCAGCUGUUGUGGGUUGCAUCCUGGGGAAGGUCAGCAGUUGGCCUGUAGGGGGGACCUUGAUAAGCCUAAGUACAGGCUUCCUGUCUUCAUCGCUGGGAAUUAUAUGGCAGGACUGAUAUUUGGUCAUUCAGUUGAACAUAGAAAAAAAAACAUUUUCAUUGUCUUGCUGUGUAAGGUAAGAUUUUGACUUAUCACAUGCCAGCUUUAUAUACUAGGUUACAUUUCUUUUAAAAGUAACUCACUAAUAAUAAUAUCAAACAUAUCCAUUAAUAAAUUACAGUAUGGGAAAUGCCUGUACCAGUUGCCAACUUGGCUAUGGAUUUUAUUCACUGGCUUAAAGCUAAUGCAUACAUCUUAAUUGCUUCAAAAAGCGAUUCCUAAUACUUCUCUUAACAUUUAUGAAUAGAAAGAUGUGUAAUACGUUGAAUUUGCCUUGAAAUUUGGGGAUCUGAAUCCAUUAUAAGACGGAUGUAUCAUAUCGUUACAGUAUGGCUAGCUUUGUUUCCCCGAGGCCAGCAUGGGACUGCUCUUUGGGACUUUUUUUUAAUGUGCCGCCACUUGUGCAGGACAUUUAAAAUCCCAUAAACCGUGAUAGAUUUUCUCAAAUUGUAUUUUAUGCCAUUGGCAGUUGGGUAUGUGCAAGGAAUUUUUUUGUGGUAUGUGUAACUGCGAAGCAUUUAGCAGUGUUUGUGUGUGUGUGUGUGUGUGUGAGGGAACUCUCUGAAGAACUUAGUAGACACUUUUUGUAAAAUGAUACAGUAGUGAUUAAGCUUCAACUCGGUGAGAGUUGCAAAUGCUGGCUUAUAAUGAAGUGUUGCUCACGAUGUGUUUGGAUUUGUUUAACUUCACAAAUAAAUGAUUUUCAGAUUACUUUCACGAACUAAUUUUUAUUUAAUAUACUGUGUAUGUGCAUAUAUGUAUGUUGUAAUAUAUAUAUAAAUAUAUAUAUAUAUAUAUUUAAUAUAUAAUAUACAGGUAUAUAUAAUAUGAAAAACACACUUCUUUAUAUAUUCCUUAUUUUAUGAGCUACUUAUUAAUUAAUUAACAUCCUUUGUUUCCAUGUUACUAUUAAAAUUAGACAGGGUUGGUGGGGACUUGCUUGUCAACUUUUACUGCCCGAUUCCUAGGUAAAACAUCACUUCUGUAUCUAUAUGCUUCGUAUAAGCUUUUAUGCACACAAGCAUAUUUCUCAACAUUGAUGCAGGGGUCUAUUACGGUUGGUGUGAACUGUCAUCAUGGACACCAUAUGUGAAGACAAAAUUGUACUAUAUAUGGACAGAUCUUUAUUGAAGGUGGUGAUGGUUUAUCUGGAUAAAACACUUUCUAGUCUUCGUUAAUUGUAGAAUAGGCUUGGAAAGGCUUGUUCAGGGUGUAAUAUCAUCUUGAACAAAGACUUGGCCUUAAAUGAUGAUGACUGUUUUUCACAUAUCUAUGAGAUAAAUAUACUCCUCACGAUAAGCUAUUACCAUGCCUAUAAGUGUUGUUUGGAGAGCCUUGCAUCAGUUCUCAAAGUUAACAAGAAAAGUUAGUGCUAGACUGGUUCAGAACUGCUCUUAUGAGUGGAAGAGGGCACUAUCCUCAUUUUGGUUACUUGUGUAAGAAAUUUGGUGUCAUUGUUAGAGCAGUUGAGUUCCUUACUACAGUGUCUAAUUGCAUUAUUUUGUUGAUUAAAAUAGCUCGCCAAGUAAAGGGUUAGUAUCGCUAACAUGUCUUCAGUACACAUUACACACAUACAUUUGUGCGUAUAUACGUACGUAAAUAAAUAUCUAUCUCCAUUAAUGUUAUUUGUACGUGUAAUUAUCGGUGGAUUAGUCUUCGUACUGAUAUUUUUAUGAGGUGUAGCCAAAAAUGUUGGGAGUGUAGAAUUUUUGUUGUUUUGGCAACGAGAAUGUGCUAGACGAGCAUCAUUUUUCGUGAAGUUGAUGCCGCUUCAUCACCUUUGUGGAGCUCCACUACAAAGGUGGUUUCAUAUCCACUCAAUGAUACAAAAACCAUUAGGACCACGAUGUUCCUAAUUAUCUUAGUCGCGGUAUUUGAUUUAGUUGAUGGCUAGGGAUAUUUUUGGAACCCUAGUCCUUAGCACUGCUCCUUUUUAUAGCUUUUUGAUACUGGUGGGCUGGGGAUAGUGAGGAGAUCUUUGUUUAUGCUCAUCACUUUCUUCCUUUUCUUGCAGUUUCUUGUGAUCACUGUUUUAAUCUUUGUGGGUGCCUGUACAGUAAUCCACAUUUGGGUCAGUGUAUGAAUAGGAAGUUUAUAUAAUUAUCAUGGUUAUUCUGUUUUGUUGUAUCUCCAGGUAGUGUAUCUUUAUAGAAUGGUUAUCGAUUAAGGUAUUUUGAAUUGGCCUGGGCUAUAACGUGCUGCUUGCAUUAAAGGGGCCACUCUGUCAGGGCUUUUGGCAUGCAUUAAAGCCCUUUGUCUUAAUUACUGGUUGAAAUUAAUAAUUUUUCCCUUCGCGGUAAGUUUUGUCGCACAUUAGAUUAAUGCUCAAAAAAGAAAUGGACGCAUAUAUUUUUCAUUGCAUGGAAAAGCUAAAAAUACAAUUUACAAGCACCAUACUGUACAUUUCCUUUGAUUCUGUUCACCUAAAGCAAUCUUCCUGUGACUGUCCAGUUUCUUGUUUUGUAAAUUUUAGUGUGGGUCCAUCAACUUGCCUGUCGCCUUAUUCCUUCCUCAGCCCAUUGGUGCGCUGCCCUCCUUCCUCUGACCGAUCCGCGGUGCUGUGUUUAUCAAUUAAUCGUUCUUGUCGAACAUUUGCAUAAUUCUCAUGUGGCUCAAACUACCAAUGUUCUUCUCGACAUGCUAGCUUCAUCAUCAUCUUCACUUGAGGCAAUAUCAUCAUAUCUAUUUUAAGCACAUUUGUAAUUUUUGAACUGCUUUGCAAAGAUGCUUUCAUAUUUUUUAUUUUGUAAAUAUAACAAAUUAUAUAUAAAUGAAUGUAUAGUAAAUUUGAUAUGUUUGAAAAACUUAACAUUGAGAAGUCAUAUUUUAAGUAGAGCAAUGCUAAUUAACUGUGAUAGUUUUACCAGUAGCCGAAUUUAACGAGAAUGGACACCAUUCAUAUCUUGGACUCCCAAUAAUAGCAGGGAGAAGUGUCUUUUUUUCAUGUGUGUUGUGCAGCCUCACAGUAGAUAUGUGUGUGGGUAGGUCCUCACCUUUGCUUGUGUGCAGGCUCCUAUGUUUGGGCUACUACACUGACAUGGCUGCUUCCACAUCAGUAUAUGUAGCUUGAACUCUCGUGACCUUAGAUGGUUGCUAGUCAUCUUGAUCAUGAAUGGGUGUUCAGUGUCCUUAAACUUGAGUGCAAGAUUUUUUGUGGUACCAGCCUAAACAGAGCCUUGCGUGUGUAUUAACCCUUUAAUACUGAAACUUCAAUGGAUUUCUACUCGUUGUUUUCUCUUUGAAACUGGAUAGCUUUUGCUGUACCUGGCACAAAGAACUCGUGAUGUUGCACUAAGCCUAGUCUAGGAUGCAUCUCUAUUUUCUUUCGGCUUUGUAUAUUUUGUCCAAGGGAAGAGUGGAGAAAAUGAAAUCCAUUGUAGUCGCAUUACCUUGAACAACAGGUUCUAGGUGCUUAGAGGAAGAAUUUGUAACAAUAUUUUUGCACAAUUGAAAUAGAAUACAUGGAUCAACACGGUAUUUGGUGUGUACUUUUGGUGAUCACUGUAGUUGCCGUUACUUUUGCCGAGGUAACAAACUAGGUUAAAUAGCAUCUCGUGUAGUUUGAAUGUUCCAGAGCCAAUUUAAAAAAAUGCAAGGUGUAUGCAAAUGGAAUGUGUUCUAACUUUUGUCAUGACUUGGACCAUAGCUUUCCACGCGUAAAAUUAAUUUUGUAAAGGGUUCAGAAGUAUAAGUGCCAUAGGAAGUAUAGUAGCAGCUACAGCUACAGUACCUCUUCCUGGGUCCUUUAUGCAUGGCCUAUUUAUAUUUUUUGGGGUAUAUUUCUUACUAGUCACCACAGAUUUAUUAUAAUUAUUUUAUUUUAGAUGAUACUGUUCAUAUGGGAUGUAUGUUAAAUGCAUCUAACCCACUAAGAUAAAUGAUGCUUGAGAAUGCAUAGGUGCAUGUAACAUGGUUUAUACUGUACACAAACAUUCAUGCCAAAAUGUUUUGUUUAAUGUUUAUUGGUAAUUUAUGUAAAUGUGGAAAUACCUGAUGAAGCAUAUAAUUUAUUCAGUUAUUACUUUUUUUAAUUAUAUAUAUAUAUAUAUAAUAUAAUAUUUUUUUUCACAAACACACAUGAACAUUAAAUAGCAGUUGCAUAUUUAGUGACCAGGAAAGUAUAAUCAAAACCCUUGACAAAAAAAAAGCAAAUAUGACUUCUGUAUUAUUUUGUCUGGUACAUCUUGUUGCACCGUAAUAUUGUUUAAGAAUGUCUGGGCCCAAGUAAUUUCUGUGGUGUAAAUACUAGUGACUUUGAUGUUUGAAGAGCUUUUGUCAUUAGUAUAUACUGUGUUUUCAUCUGAGAGCAAUGGUUCAGGUGUGCCUCCCCCUGGGCACCCUGAACUUCAUUUCUCGCUGAAUAAGUUCUAUGCUGCAUCGUUUUAGUCUUUUGUAACAAGACAAGGGAGUGUCUGUCUAAUCGGUUUGAGAUGCUUUUCUCAAUGUGGGGAGAAUAGGAAGGGAAAUACAAAUAGUCUAGACUGUGAGUCUUGGCAUUCUCAAUGACUACUCUGCUGCUCAUUGCCGAGUCUAAAUGCCUCUUGCCUGGCAGUACUAUACUGUAUGUCUUAUGGACUGUUGUUGUACUGUAUUGUCAUGCAGUAAUCUGUUGUAACAUUGCUGUCUUAAUGUCUUUCCACAGUGGGAAUCAGGAUUAAUAGUUGUUCAGAUUUUGGAAGUUGCAAGUAAAUCUGGCCAUUUCCAUCACACAUGGUAGAAGUUUGCUCAAGCAUUUUGAAGCUUUGAAUUUUGAUGAAUAUGAUAUUUUGAGUGUUGUUCAUAAGUACUGGCUGGCUUUUAUCAUUUGGUUCAUCUCCAAGAAUAUGGGCUGUAUUUUUCACAGACUAUGUUGAACACAUGAACCUCCCAAAUAGUGUAUGGAACUGAGAAAAUAGUGGUUCAGUAUGUGUAGAGCUGUUUAACAAGAAUUAUGAUUAUAAUGAGAAUUGGGAGAUAUUGCUAUAAUGAGAAUUGGGAGAUACUGUUAUAAUGAGAAUUGGGAGGUAUUGCAUGCACGAAAGUAAUAAGAGGACAACUUCCAGCAUAUGCAGUACCAAAGUGUGACAAGAGAUACAUAGAUUUUGCAGAGUAACUUGAAUGUUCAUGCCAUUAUUGUUAAGCAUUUUGUGGUCUGGUAGUUGAUACAUUGCAGUUUUGCUGUCAAAUGUCUGGCAUUAUUAAAUACCAGACAGAUAUCAGAAAAAUACAUGUUGGAUUUAUGCGUGCAGUCUUGUAAUGGCUAAAAAGAGCCUUCCCCCAUAACAAAAUGGCACAGAUUGGUGGUAGAUGUACUCGAUGUUGGUACAUUCUGUUUCGGAAAGUAUAACAGUGUUAAGAGAAGCUCAUGUUGUGGCAACAUUCUUGCAGGCGCUACACUGUAGCUUUGGAUGAUUUGCACUCAUUGCAGUCCUGAGUAAAAGUCAACCGUUUUUUAUAACAUGGUUCAAUAGUCAUAACUUUGGUUUUAUUAAUCUACACAGUCUCCCCGGCUUGGCGCCUUCUUUUGAUAAUUACUUGAUCCUAUUGAUCUUGUGCCUUUAAUCCUCUUAAACCAGUAAAAUAAAUAAAUAUAUAUAUAUAUAUAUAUAUAUAUAUAUAUAUAUAUAUAUAUAUAUAUAUAUAUAUAUAUAUAUAUAUAUAUAUAUAUAUAUAUAUAUUUAUAAUUUAUUUAUUUAUAUAUCAACAUGCCAUACUGUCUUUGAAAAUCAUUUGUGACAACUGCUUUGUUCAUUUUGGAACUGUAAAAAUUCCUGCAGAAGAUUAAUUUAAGUGUACUGAAGGGCAUUUGUUUAUUGACCUACUUGGGCCAUUUAUUUUGUGCCUAAUGUUAUGUAAGACUGUCAUAUAAAAGGUAUUUACUUAUCAGAUUUAUUCCAAAUGUUCCAAAUAUGGAAACAAUAAGUAUAUUUCAGCAAUUUAAAGAAAAAUGCUGUGCAGUACCAAUAAAGUAAUUGCUACUGUAUUUAGAUUGAAGAAGAGUCCGAACUGGUCUGUAGUAAUUCACACAGAUAUUGGGCAACCACUUGACGUGUAUAAAUUUAUGAUGCUAUUAGGUAAAGUAGCAUAUGUUAGCAUAUCAUUUAAGCAACUGUUCCUAAAUACAUAUACAGAAUAAGGUGUGCCAUUUUUUUUUUUUUUUUUUUUUUUUUUUUUUUUUUUUUUUUUUUUUUUUUUUUUUUUUUUUUUUUUGUAUUAUAGAUUUCAUUCAAUUUUUAAUUCUAAAAUACUGUAGGCUUUGGUGAUCUAGAAGUAAUACCGUAAAAGAAAAGAUUUUGCGGAAUGUGUGAUAUUUAGACCAUCAAUGUUAUUAGCCUAGCAAUGUUUAGAAAAGAAUUGAGAGGCCAAAUACAGUACAGUACUAAUAAUGUUUAGAGGCAGAUACUGGAGUUCCAUGGUAAAUGUGUUCUCCAUACUUGUAAAAUACAGCUGCUUUUUAAUUGUUUACUUGUGAUGCCUUAGAGUUGUAUAUCCUGUGAAUCAUUAGCUUCUGUAUGACCACAGUAUAGAAGUACUGCAUUAUUUCUUUUAUUUUGGAACUUCACACAACAUGUGAAUUUUCAUGAGUAUACAUAAGUAUUUGUAAAAUUUUUGUGUAUUAUUCUUUGGUUAUGAUAGUUCAAUUUUAAUCCUUGAAAUGCACAUAGGAUAAAUUGAGCAUUAAUUCUGUGCCCCCCAAAAAAUUGAAGCAAUUUCUUUUUUGUCUUUAUUGUUAUCAUGCUGAGUAUAGGAAAAGUGUAAAAAGAACAAAAAUAAUUUGUCAAGAUGGCAGAUGUUUACUGAAAACCUCAAAUACCGAUUGGGAACCCUCAAUACCCGCAGGGGCAUAAUAUGUUGCAAGUAGCUAAGGCAUCUUGGGAAGAUACGUACAUCAUUGGUUGGUUUUAAGAUACGUAUGUGCAUUUCAAGGGUUAAGCUACACAAAAUUUUAUCCAUUCAAUAUUCAGUUGUUUCAGGUUUGUGUGUGUGUGUGUGUGUGUGUAGCACCCAGAAGCAUUAUGGAUCUCUGACGUUUUCACCAGUUUUGAUGUAGUGUAAUAAUUUAAACAGGUUGUAGUACAUUCUUACAUCUUAAACAUAGCAUUUCAAAUUUCAUAAUUCAAAAAGUGUGUGCCAGGUAUAUAACUCUGUGUAACUUGCACUUACCAUAUGGUUACUUUUAAUUUACAGCCAUCAAGCAUGUCAACUGAUUCUGUUAUGGAUAGUUGAUCAUUUCCAGAAGAAUAUGUACAUUUAAAAGCUUUAUAUGAAAAAAUAAAACCUGCAACAAAUUCUUGA